AAAUUUAAGAAGAAGAAAAGAGAAGUACUUGCUUAGCACUGUCGUCUUGUUAUAUAAUAUAUAAUUUUGGUGACCUAUUUCUUCGAACCAGAAAAACCAGUUCUUUUCCCCAAACAAAAUGGCCACCGAAGAAGAAAGCGCGGUGAAGGAGCCUUUGGAUCUCAUCAGGCUCAGCCUCGACGAGCGCAUUUACGUCAAGCUUCGCUCCGACCGCGAGCUCCGUGGCAAGCUCCAUGCUUAUGAUCAGCAUUUAAAUAUGAUUCUUGGUGAUGUUGAAGAAGUAGUGACCACUGUAGAAAUUGAUGAUGAAACUUAUGAAGAGAUUGUACGGACUACAAAGCGAAUGGUCCCCUUUCUCUUUGUUAGAGGAGAUGGUGUUAUACUUGUUUCACCUCCUUUGAGGACGGCUUGAUUAAUUGUACUUCUCUUCAAAUGGAAAGCCAGCAAUGAUCGAUCUAGCUAAACUGUUACUAUGUUAAUGUACUUUUUCUUAUUGUUUAGAAAGAAUGGAUAUUGUGGUACUCCCUAUCAAGGAUGAGGAGUUCAGUUGUACUUUUAACAUGGCUGAAUGAAUGAAGUUGCUUAAAUUUUAGAUUGU